CUUCCAUCUAUCUUAAUUAAAUUCCCAUUUUUAAUACCGUCGCUCUCAAUAACUCGCUCCAUUCCUCGCCUCACUCUCUUUGUUUGUGGCUCUCUUCUUUUAUUUCAUGACUGUCGCAUCCAGCUCUCGCCUUGCAGUCGGAGUGUUCACAAGGCAGCUCUUGGUUGAAAGCUAUCCUCAAACACCCUUCAAGUCUGCCAUUUCGGGGCAAACAGCUAAGAUAUUCUGCACGCAUUUCUCUGCAAAAGGUAAUCUAUGGGAUGAAGCGAACAUUCCUGGGCCUUCAUAGAGCCUACGUUCACUGAUAUGAUUAUAUCAACAGACACAAAUGAUUAUAUCAACAGACACAAAUAUGUCAGCAACUGUUACGUCACCUAUGACGGUUACUCCAAUAACGACGGAUUCCCUUCCACCUGAAGUAACUGCGGCUCUCAUCAUCUCCAUCAUCCUCAUAUUCUCAACGCUUAUUAUGCUAAUUUAUGCAAAUAGGAGGUUUGAAUCUGAUCGAGCCAUCACCGUAUGCUGCUUCCUACUGACGAUGAGUGCACAGCACAUAACUCUUGUUAGCGGACUCUAUUCAACAUCAAACCAAGCUGCUUGCAUCGCUGUUGCUUUAAUGAUCCACUUUUUUGAAUUAUCCGAAGCAUUCUGGACUUUAGGGAUGAUCGUUCAAAUCGUCUUAAAGGCAACGUAUAAAACUCCUGACAUUGGUAGCACGUCACAGUACUGCGCACUUGGUUGGAUAACACCGUUAUUUGUGGUGGCCAGUACGGCGGGUUUACAACUUGAUAAAUACGGCAAUGCAAAAUACUGUUUUCUUCCCGUCGAGGAUAAUAUCAUAUUUGCCUUCCUAGUUCCUGGUCUACUUAUCAUCAUGACCAAUUACACAUGUUUAUGCUAUGUUCUUUAUGAAUACAUCACGACGAAGAAGAAAGAUAAAAAGAAUCUCCCGCAAGUCUUGUCGGUGGUGCCUAAUGCGAGAGCAUGUGCAGUGGUAUCAGCCUUCUUACUUCUUGAUUGGUCUUUUUUCGUGUUAGCCCUUCGCCUCAAUGUCACAGCAGUCAACAUCUUAUGGGCUUUUAACAAAUUAGUAGAAAGUAUUUGCAUAUUUUUCCUCUUUGGAGUCUUCAGUACAGAGGUACAAACGGAAUAUGAAAGACGUGUUGGACCAUGCUGCCCGUGGUUUCGCAAGAGUUCUCGAGCGGUCAUGGACUCACCGUCACCGCGACCUGGCUGGCGGGACGAGAUCUCACAGAUCAGUAACAUGGGCGAGAACAGUAUCGCUAUGGACAAUGAAAGCUCUGUUGUUUACGCUGGUCUUAAUUCCAAUAAUAAUACUACCAGCGUUGCAUCAUCGUCUUCGAAUCACGCACCGGGAUCAGCGACUUCGCGGUUCAACGCAAUCCUCAACUCCAGCCUCAAUUCGAGUGGGAGAGCGAGCACGAUAUCAGGCGCGUUGAUGAGCAACGGUAAUGGGGAAGCCCACGGCUCAGAAGGGACCAGCAAACAGAACGGUCGAAACGGAUCCAAAAGGAUACUUAUUGAUCAUAAGAAAGCGAAGGACGCCCUCAACGAUUCGACUUCAUCCAUUGCUUCCACUGUUGCGUCAACGUUAAAUCUAAAAGCCAAGCUUAAAGUGUUUCCAGUUCGUAAAAUGACAGAUCAGACUGAGCAUGUGAAGAUGACCAACACGGACCAGUCAGACUCUCCCGAUGAUAGCCGGGAGACCAGCCCUCAACCGGCGCCGAAGAAAAGAGUCGGCUGGGGAAAGAUAAUGGCGGGAAAGACGUGAUCAUUAAAAUCAAGGUUGAUCUAUAUAAAGAACACUACUUUGGCAGAACCGCGGAUGUGUCUUUCAAAUAACUUUACAUGUUAACCAGCAAAGACGGAGCACCUAGCAGGAUCAACUUGUAUCAACUGGGUUUUCUGAUGUAUCCGUCUCCGGAGAAGAGAAAUAGAAAUUACAGUUCAGAUGAAACUUAUGAUAUCGAUAUAAAUAGAUGUCGCUUACUUCUUGAUGCCAUACCAAUUCUGCCAAUAAUUUUCGGCAUGCUGAUGAAAGAAAAAUGCAGAGAUACGAUUCAUGAGAAUGAAAAUCUGAAUAAGUAUAGCAUCGGAACGGAGAAUAAAUCUUACAGAUCGUAAUAUGCACAAAAUAUAGGGGCGGUUCCAUAUGACGGGACAUUUUGUCAACAAUUUUUAGCCUCUUAGCUGAUUGCUUGAGCGAUGAAAAAUUAUUUUUGGUCAAUAAUAAAGCUAUAGUGGGUAGUCAUGUGAAAAACUGAUUACCAACAAAAAAAUAUUUGAUUAUGGCUGAAUUAAGGGCGAAAAUUUAGUGUGUCGUACGGGACUCAGAAAUGUCCCGUAUACGACAUGCAACAUUUAGGUCAUUUUUUACACGACUAUAACAACAAACAUAAAAUGAAAAUUGUCCCGAAAAGUCACUCACUAGCUAAUG